GUCACGUGAUUUCAGGCAAGUUGAAGAACCGCUUGCUUGACUUCCGCUUCAUAUGGUCCAAACCGACUCGAGUAGACUAGCGAGAGCAUAACAUCACCGCAAAGAGUCUUGAAGACCGUGAACGGGUCAUAAGAACUACACAAAGUCACUUUUUAAUGUGACUUUACACCAACGGUGUCCGGUUUUGUCCGACUAGCGAGGAAACUGCUGAGACGGAAACAGCAGCGAACAAAACCGGACGUCUCCAUCUCUUCUCCAAGACCAAAUGGUAUCAUAUUCACAAGUCUGAAGACAGCCACGCAUCUUCUGGCGAGCAUUAGUGUUUCACCUUAUCAGAAUGGGGAACAGCAACAGUGACAGAGCCAGCGGGGGUCAAGGUGAAAGGUCAUACAGAGAUGGAUCGCAAGGAGGGAAAGAGGCGCGUCCCAACAUUUUGAUGGACAGCACGGAGGAUGCAGACAUUUUCCAAAGGGACGAUCCAAAGGCUCCCCAGGAAGAGCAGGAGUUUCUAGCCUGGCAGCAGGAUCUGGAGAGUGACAGCAAAAGUCCAACCCCGGAGAAGCAAACGGUAUUCCGCUGGGCUGGAAACGCCAAAGAGGUCUUUGUGUCAGGAUCUUUUAACAACUGGACGACCAAGAUCCCUCUCAAUAAAAGUCAGAACAGUUUUGUGGCAAUCAUGCACCUGCCAGAAGGAGAACACCAGUACAAGUUCUGUGUAGAUGGGCAGUGGACUUUGGAUCCGGCAGGGGCUGUUAUCACGACCAAAACUGGGACCGUUAAUAACGUUAUCCAGGUGAAGAGGACAGACUUUGAGGUCUUUGACGCCCUCAAGCUUGAUUCCCAAGACUCCGCUGACAUCUCAGACUUGUCCAGUUCCCCCCCCGGGCCCUACCAGCAGGACGCAUACGUCAUUAAGUCAGAAGACAAACUCAAACAUCCUCCUAUCUUACCUCCACACCUGCUGCAAGUACUUCUCAACAAGGACACAGGGAUCUCAUGUGACCCGACACUACUUCCUGAGCCCAACCAUGUGAUGUUAAAUCACCUGUACGCCCUCUCCAUCAAGGAUGGAGUGAUGGUUCUGAGUGCAACACACAGGUACAAAAAAAAGUAUGUGACCACUCUCCUCUACAAGCCAAUAUAGAGACUUCAUUCUUAUGCUGCUGGAAGAUGCCUUUCAUGCCCUUCUGAUGUGGACUCGUACCUUUCUAGUAUCAUGCUUAAGCCAGGGAUGUCCAAACUUUUUCCCAGUGCGGGGCUGCUUUUAUACGUUUUCUACAUUAACGACACAAAACCCAAUAUGAGUUAAGCUAUCUGACAAAACGUUCACAAUCUUAAUUUUGUGUUAUAGGUGACAAAGCAAAAUGGUGGAUUAUCUAAUAAUAAUAAUAAUAAUAUAUAUAAUUCAUCAUUAAUUGAUUUUAUUUUUACAAUAUGCAGAGGACCAAUAAAAAUGCACUUUGGACACUCCUGGUUUAAGCAAUAAGUGACCAGCACAUUAUGUUGAUUUUACCUGGACAUGUACUGUUGUUUCCUCUUAAUGAGCCCAAAAUAAAUCCAAGAAGUAGUUUGCUAUCAUCAACCAAAGCUGUAAAAGUGCAGUGCCUUUCUUUUCCAAGCUGCAGACAUAUACGUAGACGUAGACCAAUAAUUGUAACCAUCCCGUGUUUCUUCAAAUGGUGUUGCCAAAAGAUGAACAAAUGUACGUCUUCAUAUAAAAGGUGGUAAAUCAAA